AAAAAGAAACAUUCUUUCUCUCGAAUCAAAAAUGAAUGUCUGCCUUGCGCGUCGAUUGAUCGGGACUUCCGUCACUUAAAAAAGUCACCUUUUCGGAACUCUUCCGUUUGACCGAGAGGAUAGACCAACGAGUGGUCGACGCUCGGUGACGGCAAGAACCGUCACUGAGUGAGGAUGACCGCAAAAACGACAUUCGACCCAGCGGAGAUCUCUUCGUUCGACAUGACAUCAAUGCUGGAUGUCACUUCGACUGAAGAGGAUCCUUACGCCAAUAACACUGAAGUAAACGUUGUGGAGAUCAAUUGGCCGGACGUGUCAUCAGCCAUCCUGAAAGUCUGCAUCCUUGGUUCAAUCAUCACCACGGCUUUGUUCGGUAAUCUCCUUGUAAUGGUGUCCGUGAUACGACACAGAAAACUACGUAUCAUAACGAACUACUUCGUGGUCUCGCUAGCAUUGGCCGACAUGCUUGUAGCGAUGUUUGCAAUGACCUUCAAUGCCAGCGUCCAGAUAACUGGCAGGUGGCUCUUCGGCUACUUCAUGUGCGACGUCUGGAAUUCCCUGGAUGUAUAUUUUAGCACCAGUUCGAUACUUCAUCUAAUGUGUAUCUCAGUGGAUCGAUAUUAUGCAAUCGUGAAGCCGCUCAAAUAUCCCAUUAACAUGACGAAAAGAGUGGUAGCAUUUAUGCUGCUCGCUUGCUGGCUAGCGCCAGCCAUUAUUUCCUUCGUGCCAAUUUUCUGCGGUUGGUACACUACGGAAGAGAACAGUGUGCACAGGCACAAACAUCCGGAACUAUGCGAGUUCAAAGUCAACAGAAUAUACGCCAUACUUUCAUCGAGUAUAUCCUUCUGGAUACCAUGUACCAUUAUGAUGGUCACAUACUUUGCAAUAUUCAAAGAGGCUAAUAAGCAGGAGAAGCAAAUGCACAGCAGAAUGGGUAAUGCUAUGUUACUCAGUCAUAGACCGAGCAAGGAUCUCAAUAAUUUGAACGGAGAACUGAAUAGCGGC